AAAUCUCCAUGCUUUCUUCGAGUAACUCUAUUGAUUUUCUGAAAUCGUUUUCCCGACAGCUGGGAAAACUCGAAAAGACUAAGUCAGACAACCACUUCCAUGAUUCAGACUUGGAGGAGGAAAGAACUCCUACAAAAUCAACAAUUUCAAAAAGUAUUUCAUCUAAGACAUCUUCUAAAAAGGAGCAGAACUUUAAGGUAGUGGUUAGAGUUAGGCCUCCCCUUCCUAGAGAAAUAGAUGCACAUGCUGGAUUCGCCCCAAUAACCCAUAUUGCUAAGAAUAAUAAAUAGUGUGACCAUCCAGGAAUAUUUAGGGGCUGAAAUCAAAGAAGGAGGCCGACAAAAGGAAAUCGCAUCAAAUCCGAAUAUUUGUGCUUACCAUACUUUCAAAUUUGACUAUGUUUAUGGUGAAGAUUCCUCACAAAAAUUUUUGUAUGAGAAUACUGCGAAAUCAGCUGUUCUUUCAGUCCUGGAAGGAUAUAAUGCCACACUUCUAGCAUAUGGGCAGACUGGAACUGGAAAAACAUAUACAAUGGAAGGCUUUAGUAAUAGUUUGAAUGAUCCACAGAAGGGGAUCAUUCCAAGAUCAAUGGAGGAAAUAUUCAAAUUUAUUGAAUCUUCUUCCAACAAAAGCAAAACUUUCAUGGUCAGAGCCUCUUAUCUUCAGAUUUACAAUGAAGUUAUUACAGAUUUGUUGAAGCAAGAGAUGACACCACUCCAAAUCCGUGAAGAUAAAAAGAAAGGAGUCUUUGUCGAAGGACUUUCUGAAUGGGUGGUUAGGUCACCAAAUGACAUCUACAACCUCAUGAAGGAUGGUAUGAGGAACAGAGCAACUGCUGCAACUAAUAUGAAUGAUAUCUCAUCACGAUCUCACGCUGUUUUCAUGAUAAUAGUCGAACAAAUGAGAGAUACUGGAGACAAAUCUGAAGAUGCAAAGGGAUCACAACAUGAGACAUCAAGAGAAAUCAAAGUUGGGAAAUUAAAUCUUGUGGAUCUUGCUGGAAGUGAAAGAGUAAGAGUGACUGGAGCUACAGGAAAAAGACUAGAAGAAUCUAAAUCCAUCAAUAAAUCAUUAUCCUGCCUUGGAAAUGUGAUUACAGCUCUAACUGACAAGAAAUUUCGAUCACAUAUCCCUUACAGAGAUUCUAAAUUGACCAGAAUUUUAGAAGAUUCCUUGGGUGGAAAUUGUAAAACCACAAUGAUGGCUAUGAUCUCCCCUAGCUAUGAUGCUUACUCAGAGUCUGUAUCCACACUUAAAUUUGCUACAAGAGCAAAGAAAAUUAAAAAUGAGGCUCGAAUAAAUGAGGAUGUCGACCAAAAAGCUCUAUUGAGAAAAUACGAAGUAGAAUUAAAGAAAUUAAGAAAGCAAUUAGCACAAAAGAGAGAUGAAAUUUUCUCAAAAGAAGAAAUGCUUCGCCUCAAGCAGGACAGACAGAAGGCAGAAAAGGAUAAAGAGGCUGCCAUUUAUGCCUUAGAAUCUAAAUAUAAAGAAUAUCUGAAGGAGAAGGAAGACCAAAUUAAACAACUCACAUCCCAGCUUCUUGUUGGAGGAAAGCGAAUUGAAGAAACACCUCAAUUUAGAUCUGCACUUGAAACCAAGCAGAAGCUAAUCAGAGAAGAGUAUGAGGAGCGAUUGCAAGAAAUAGAGAAGGAAAGACAGAUGAUAGAAGCAGAUAAAGCUCAAGUUGAUCGAUAUAAACAAUUGCUACUUAAGCAAAGGGAUAUCAUGCUUGCUCUCACUGCAAGGAUAAAUGAAAGAGAUGAUACCAUUAUCCAACUACAGGAAGAACUUGAUGCAAUUGAACAAAUUAAUAAAAGAUUAGUUGACGAAAGGAACAAAGAAGUAGCACUAGAUUUCAACGAAGAAGGCUCUCAAAAAGAGCAUAAAAAUCUUCCAUACCCUCUGGCUGGAGUCAUUCCACCAGAAAUAUUAUUUGGCAAAGAUGCCAAAGAUAAAGAAGCCAUGAUGAAACUUAUGACUUCAGAUGAAAUUAUUGAGGAGUUACAGAAGCUAGCAUAUCAAAGUAAUGGCAUGAAUAGGAUGGUAAACCAGGAUGAUAAAGAGAAUUUCAAAGAAAUAGCCAAAAUUAACCAACUAGAAACCAGACUUCAAGAAGUUACUAAAGAAAACGAGACAUUAAUUGAUGAACUUCAAGACAAAAAGUUUGAAGUGUAUAAACUAAAGAAUGGAUACCAAUCGACUUGAGAGGCUUAUGACCAAGUAGAACAUGCUCUAGAAGAUAAAAUUUCAGCUACUCUCAAGAGGAUGGGAACCAGUAAAAAGCAGAUCAAUUCAAUCCAAGAUAUUAUCAAUCAAACAAUGGAAGAUUUUAGAAACAAAAUAAUCUCUGAAUCUGAAUCAGAUGUGUGAAAUUAUCAGGCAAGCUUGAGAAAAAGUGAAAGCUUUAAGCCACUAAACUAUAAAAAGUACUUGAAAAAGACUAACUCUACAUCCAGCGAAAGUGAUGGAGGGUGAAGAUCUAUCCCAGGUAGUGCUGUAAAAUCAUUUCAUGACAGAGUGCCCGUAUCGAAUAAAAAGAAUGAAAAUCUAUCAACUAAAUCUAUAACAAACAAAUCCAAUAAUAGGAUCUAUAACAAGUCUGCUACAAAGGCUAAGAAAGGAGCAUUUGCUUCUAAGCAUUCAAGCGCAACUAAGAAGAACCAGAGUAAGAGAAAUGGCAAAGAGAGAAUGAACAUAGUGCCGUUUAACGGCUAUGUCCCUGACAUUAUUCAAAACGAAUUUUGUAAUUCCAAUCAAUAA